AUGAUCCCAGUUACCAUCAUUGUUCACCUGGAUUUUUGCAGAAACCUCGUCAACGGGCCUCCUGCUUCCAUCCCAGCCCCCUUCAGCCUAGUUUCAACCCAGAAGCUGCGAAAGAUGAAUUCUACCUCUGCUCCCAAAUGCCAUCCUCAGGAGAUGGAGCGCCUCCACCCGCUGACCACAGUUAUCAUGUCUGUGUCCUUUGUGGUUGGUGUAGUGGUGAACGGGCUGGUGCUCUGGAUGACUGUUCUCCGAAUGCCGCGAACUUUUACUACCAUCUGGUUCUUCAACCUGGUCCGUGCCGACUUCACUGUCUUACUGUCCCUGCUUAUCACCAUACAGAGUGUAGCAACUGGCCAGUGGCUCCUCAACGAUGUGGCCUGCAAGCUUUACAUGGCCUUCUUGGCCCUCAGCUUCUUUGCCAGCAUCUGCCUCUUGGUCCUCAUCUCUCUGGACCGUUGCAUCUCUUUCUGCUACCCCGUCUGGUCCCGAAACCACUGCACUGUGCAGCAAGCAAGCUGGUUGCUGGCUGCUGUCACUUGCUCUCCAUACUUGAUUUUCCAGACCACUGAAGAACAGAAAGGAUGUGUCUACUGCUGCUUCGAUAUUGACAUAGAGAAUAAGGAAGGAGAAUCCAGCUCCCAGGAUAGGAAGUGAGUGGUUUUGAAGGGGAAAAUGACUGUGACCAUCAUUCACUUCCUGCUGGGUUUCUUGGUGCCCUUGGUGAUCAUCAGUACCUGUGCCCACCUCAUCUGCACCAAGCUCCAGCAGGAGGGCUGGGUCCAUGCCAGCCAGCCAAAGAGGUUGCUGUUGGUGAGCCUGCUGCUCAUCCUCUGGGCUACCUUCUCCCUGGGCUGUUUCAACAACUGCCUCAACCCUUUCCUCUAUGUCUUCAUUGGCAGAGAUUGCCAAGAAAAAUUUUUCCAGUCUUUGCCUUUUGCCUUGGCCAGAGCAUUUGGUGAGGAGGGGUUUUUCAGUCAGCCUGUCCCCAAGGUGAAGCCCCCAGGGGGAGACCAGGCCUCCAGCUCCUGCUCAGACACCCUGGAAGACGCCUGUCUCCCACCUGCUGGGACGACCCUCUUCCUCCUCUACUCCCUGGCCGCCCUCAUCUCCUACCUCCUGGUGAUCCAAGGGACAGGGCCCCUCCUGCCUCCCCCUUUGUCCGCAGACUGGUUUGGCCACCAGGCCAUGGCCGAUGCCGCCUUCACUGUUCUCCUGCCCCUGCCCCUCACCUGGACGCUCUCCGGCUGGCCCCUGGGUGGCAUCUUCUGCCACCUGGACCCCGGCCUCGUCUUCCUGACACUCUACGCCAGUGGCGGCCUGCUGACCCGUGCGGCCGCCGACCGCUACACCUCUGCGCUCCAGCCCACGCGCCUCCUAACCAUGCCCCCACCCCUGGGCACAGAACCAUCGCACAGCCUGGAGGGCAGUUUUCUGGGCCAGGGGUUUUGGGCUGCUUCUUCUGGUCCUGGGCACAUCAGCCCUGUGAACCCUGAGGGGCCAGGUGAACCGGGCCGACACUUUUAA